AUGCAGAUCGCAAAAGUGUUGAUCGCCGACGAUAUCGAAAAGGAAUGCAUCGACAUUUUGCAAGCGAACGGUAUUGAGGUAACAGUCAAGACGAAGCAGACAGUAGACGAGUUGAAAACCUCUCUCCCUGCUCAUGAUGCAGUAAUCGUUCGCAGUGCUACCAAGAUCACCAGGGAACUGAUCGAAGUUGGAGCAGGUGGUCGCUUGAAGCUGGUUGGACGGGCUGGCACCGGUGUGGACAAUAUCGAUGUCGAGGCCGCUUCAGAAAACAAAGUGCUUGUCAUGAACACACCCCAAGCGAAUUCUCGAUCUGCGGCCGAGCUCACAUGCAUUAUGAUACUCAGUCUCACUCGACAUGUCCCUCAAGCUGAUGCCUCCAUGAAAGCUGGAAAAUGGGCCAGAAAGGACUUCAUGGGAGAAGAGAUUUUCGGCCGAACGUUGGCAGUGUUGGGUUUGGGCAGAAUUGGAACGGAGGUGGCCACCCGCCUUCAAGCCUUUGGUAUGCGAGUAAUCGGAUACGACCCCAUGGCAUCAAAAGAGGCAGCAGCAGCGAAAAACAUCGAGCUGCUUCCAUUAGAAGAAGUCUGGCCUCAAGCAGACUUCAUCACUGUGCACGUGCCACUAAUACCUGAGACAGAAAAUCUCAUCAAUGCCAAAACCCUUGCAAAGUGUAAGAAGGGAGUGAAGAUUAUCAACGUAGCACGAGGAGGAAUUGUGAACGAGGAGGACCUGGUGGAAGCACUGAAUUCUGGUCAAGCAGGAGGAGCCGCGUUUGACGUAUUCGUGGAAGAACCUCCUAAGUAUCGUGGCCUAGUAGAGCAUCCAAAGGCAAUUUGUACACCUCAUCUGGGUGCUUCAACAAUGACGCACAGUUGA